CCGUGAGCCGCGGACACCUUGAGAAGGACACUCGGCUCUCCCGCUGCCCUCCGGCAGCCUCCUGCAUGAGCCAGCCCGCGACGCCCUUCUUCUACCAUGAAGAAUGCGAAGGAAGUGCGGAUUUCCCUCUUUCUCACCCUGGUCCACGUCUGCUACGCGCAAGCCGACUACGCCCCUCACUUCUUCGACAACGGGCCGAGCAGCGGUAACGGAAACAUGGCUCUUUUCAGCCUGUCCGAAGACACGCCAGCAGGAACACAGAUAUAUGUCCUCAAUGGAACUGACCCUGAGAACGACCCCGUGAGGUUUGGGAUGGCCUUCGAAAAAGGCUCCAAGGAGUUCUUUAAAGUGGAGCCCAAAUCUGGAAACGUGACCCUCGUUGAAGAACUUGACAGAGAAAAACAAGACGAAAUUGAAGUUCUCGUCAGCAUUACUGACGGCCGCAAUAAGGUCGAGGAAAAAGUGCGGGUGUUCGUGACAGACGCCAACGACGAGCGGCCCGAGUUUCAGAACCUGCCCUUCGUCGUGGACGUCCCGGAGGACGCGGAACCGGGGAGCAGCAUCUACAGGGUGUCGGCGGUGGACAGGGACAUCGGAUCGGGGGGCAGCGUCACCUACUACCUCCAGGUUAACCCCAUGAACAAGUUUGCCAUAGAUGGACACAGCGGGGUCCUUCGAAUCAAAGCCGGCGAAGCCCUGGAUUACGAGACGACCCGGACCUUCUUCGUCACGGUGGCUGCCAAAGAUGGGGGUGGAAAAUACAAUGGGAGGUACCAGGUGAUGACAUCUUCAGCCACAGUGACGAUCAAUGUGAUGGACACACAGGACACACCCCCCACCUUCAUUGGCACGCCUUACUUUGGAUACGUGUACGAGGUGUCAGUGCCGGGUUCUGAAAUUUUUACUGUUUAUGCGAAAGAUGGAGAUCAAACGAACCCUAAUCCCAUUUACUAUUCGAUUGUCAGUGGAAAUGAUGAUGUUUUCAGCAUAAACAGCACGAGCGGAUGUGUUACUCUUCUUACUUACCCUGUCAAUCUUAAGAAAGAACUGUUUGAACUCAGAAUAAAGGCGUCGGAGCUGGGCGAGGGCGGGGAGCUGAUGGACUCCGCCGUCACCACGCUCGCUAUCCGAGUAGAGGACCUCAACAACCACCCACCCACCUUCUACGGGGAGAACGGCCCGCAGAGCAAGUUCGAGCUCACCAUGUAUGAGCACCCCACCGAAGGUGAAAUCCUCAGAGGCUUGAAGAUAACCGUCAAUGACUCAGAUCAGGGGGCGAAUGCCAAAUUUAACCUGAGGCUGGUGGGUCCGAGCCGUGUUCUGCGCGUGGUGCCGCAGACCGUGCUCAACGAAGCGCAGGUCACGGUCAUCGUGGAGAACUCCGCUGCCAUCGACUACGAAAAGCACCAGUUUUUAACAUUUAAGCUCCUUGCAGUCGAGAUCGACACGCUCGAGCGGUUCAGCGCCACCGCCGACAUCAUCAUUCACCUCCUGGACACCAACGACAACACUCCCAAGUUCUCGUCGGACUUCUACAUCGCCAGGAUCCCAGAGAACUCCCCCGGAGGAUCCAACGUUGUGGCUGUAACUGCAACUGAUCCAGAUUCCGGCCUUUGGGGGGAGGUGAAGUACUCUAUCCAUGGGUCAGGAGCUGAUUUGUUCAUCAUUCACUCCACGUCAGGCAUCAUUUACACGCAGCCUUGGGCGACCCUCGAUGCCGAGCUCAGGUCUAAAUAUAACUUCUACGUGAAGGCAGAGGAUAUAGAGGGAAAGUACAGCCUGGCUGAGGUCUUCGUCACGGUCCUGGACCUGAACGACCACCCGCCGGAGUUCCAUGAGAAUUUUGUGGAGAAGACCAUGGUCAUUGGAGCCCCUGUGAAGAUAGAGGCAAUAGACGAGGACGCGGAGGAGCCCAAUAACGUCAUCGAGUACUCCAUUAUGAAAGCAGACCCGGACAAUAUCUUCGAUAUCAACGGGGAUACGGGUGAGAUCAAGCUGAAGCCCUACAUCAAGUCCAUGGACAUCGUGCAGAACAUCACCAAGCAGAAGGAGUGCACAUGGUCGCUGGUGGUCCAGGCCCGGGACAGGGGAUCGCCGUCCUUCAGCACCACCACGGUGGUCAAGAUUGACAUCACGGAAGCGACUCAACUCAAGGGGCCCAUGGCUGCCUUUUUAAUGCAAAGUAGGGACAAUCCGUUGAAAGCCCUAGGUGUGGUAGCGGGUAUCAUUGGUACUAUGGUAGUUGUCACGGUCUUGAUCUCUACGGCUAUGUUCAUGCGCAACACAAAGUCUAACAGGAUCGUGCCGGCCCGACGCGUCAUCAGGAGGAGGCCCAAAGAUCGCCGACCAUGGACUUUCAACAUGCCCUUCAAGCGCUGGGGAAAUCCAUCGGAUAAGUUCCUCAUCGAAGAUCCGUCGGGCAACGGCGAUAACAUGAACGAGAACAAUAACGUGCGUCGGCCCCCGCCGCCACCCCCCUGUGCCCCCUCCGCACUACUGCCGCCCCCGACUAAGCCCAAGCCUGGUGAGUGGCAGCGAGAAGUGCCCACCAUCUCUGGGGCGGUGGCUUCCAAGACGGCCAAAAAAUCGUGUAGGAAAAAGGAGAGCGAAGUCAGUUCGGCGCUGGUCUCCGAGCUCAAAAUGAGGCUGGAGCAAAAAAUGAUGGAGAGCAACCAGGGGUACUACUAGACCCCUUUAUCGACGCUAGACCGGUGGGCAGAUGGGUGGAUGACUGGAUCCGCACGCAUCUCUGGAUAUCCGUGUUUUCUGGAAUAAAACAACGUUAUUCCUGCAGGUAAUGCUGUGGCUCAAUGAGAAAUGUUAGCCUAAACGAGUAGUCGAGGUCCCAUCUGGCAGGACUGUUUCUGCACCCACCGUCCAAACCUCUUAGGAGAGUGUCGGUUAAGCUUUCCAAAGGCUGCUCAGUUCAAGAGAUUCUUGAGGUAGCUAACCCCAUCUGAACCCAAGAUCAACACUGUCCGCCGGUACAAGGUGUGAAUGUUGUGCACUUGUAAUGUCAGAGCAAUGUCGGGUAGCAUCACUUUGAGCGUCACUCGCCGAGUGAUAACACGGCACACGGCUUAGCUAUCGCUAGACUCUCUCCAUCGGAGGCCACAAUGAAUUCGUGACGAAAUGUAGUUUCACUUCUUCUCAAGCCACGGAUAGAGCAUUUGGUACAUUCCUUCCUUCAGAAUUACACUGUUCCCAAGAGAAAAACCUCACGAUUUGACGCGAGAGUCUUGACAACCAGUCCACACACCGCACUGCCCUCUUCUGGAAACCACCGAGAGUCAAAAGAAAAACGAGCAU